AUGAGGCCGCAGGCACCGCACGAGCAUUUUUUCAAAGGGACUAACUCGCUCGUAAAGUACGACAUGGAGGUGAAUGCGUACAUGGAGAAAAGGAAGAUGAGUGGUGUGAGGAGCAAACAAUUUCUUGAGAUGGCCAUCGAGGGAGUUCCUUUAUCGGCUCCCGAGAUCUAUGGCGAUCGGGUGAACCACCGUCGCACCGUGGAGGCAGCCUCCUGCCGCCGCCAAGUCCUAGAUGCAUCCGGAGGGUUUUUCUCCGGAGGAGGUGUAUGUCAGUGCUCAUGGUGGGACUUCUGA